UGUCAGCUCCCGAUGACAGCCAGCUUGAAGGUUGCGAUUGUACAGAGCUACAGGCCCGAUCCAGCUCAGGAAGAAACCUGUACGGAGCUCCUCGCGAGCCUGAGCUUGGACGAGGUGCCGAGCGAGGUCAUGCAUCCUGCUAUGGAUGACGCUCUACGGCAGGUGCAGGAAUACGUGCUACGGGCCAAUGCGUUUAUGACCAGACUGCGGACCCUGCGGAACUCUUCAGUCCAUAUCAACCGCGUCCCAACCGAGCUUCUCGCUGAAAUAUUUUGGCACGCAACCCCGCCUUCGUCACAACGUCCGAGGUCGGAUACUCAACUCAACCAUGUAACCCAUGUCUGUAGGCAUUGGCGUACGGUGGCCCUUGACGCCGCCAGGCUUUGGGGAACAUUGUGUAUUACCCGCCAGAGGGACGUUGAUGCAUCUGCGGACGAGUCUCCGAACCGCAUCGAAGAAUAUCUACGCCGAUCAAAAUUACAUCCUCUUGAUGUCACUAUCAAGGCUCGCACGAACCUCACUGGCAGGGCUACCAGUGUCUACAGCUGUAUCGAGAUCCUCCGGCCUCACCAGCAUCGUGUCCGAAAAUUGCAUGUUGUAACGGAUCACCAUGACAUCAUGCGAUCUGUUCUGUCCUCGCAUUUGGCUGCCACACGGCUGGAGGAGCUCAGGCUGGAGGGUGGGGAUCCCGUGCCUGCGUUGGGGACACUCCAGCCACAUCAUGGUCUCUUCGGCAGACAUUCCCCUCCUUUGCACUCCAUCCAUCUCUCAAGUGUGUUCCUGCCACUCAAUGCCGAGUGUCACAUCCUGCGGAAUCUGCAGCACCUCAUCCUCCGGCGGCAGGGCAUCCCAAUCACCGAGAUGGACACAUUGUUUGACGUCCUAGACCAUUGUCCUGACCUCAAGACCCUGAAACUUCACAGCUAUGGAUUGUCACGUUUGCCUGCACCUCAGCCCCCUGCCCAUACGGACAGGGAUGUGUUGCUGCCCUCUCUACAGGUUGUAGAUAUAGACUGGCAGCAGUCCCUGGUUGCUGGCUGGCUCCUUGAGCACCUUUGCCUCCCUGAGACUGCCAAUCUGACCGUGUAUCUCCCCCGGCGCCCUGAUCAUCUGUCCAAUCGUGCCGCCAUUCGAACGGGCCUUUCCUCCAUGUGCACCCUGUGGAUAAUCAUUGGGCUAGCCUCUUCGAAGUCGUGCCUGGGCUGCGGACGCUGCAU